CGGGCAGCUGCUGCUGCUGCUGCUGAUGAUGAUGAUGCUGCUGCAGGGGUGGAGGGUCCGGGGCAUGCUCGUAUCACAUCAGAUGAUCAUGCUCUGCUGCAAAGACCUGGGCCUUGAAGUCACUGGGGGCAGAAACACACCGAGCCCAGUGACAACAGAAAGAGAUGUGUUCUGCUAUUGAUAAGACGAGGGAACAAAGGCCCAUCUGCUCCUUGACGGUUUCAGAACAAGGCAGUGAUGGCAAAAAGAGAUUACCUGGUGGAGGCAGCCAAGCAGAUCCGCAUGGCACUGGACAGUGAGGUCAAUGAGGACUAUGAGGCAGCUUUCAGCUACUAUAAGAAUGGGGUGGACUUACUGCUAAAUGGAGUUCAGUUGGACCCAAACAAAGAUCGUCGCGAGGCAGUGAAGAGGAAGACAACCCAGUAUCUGAAGAGAGCUGAAGAAAUCUUCAUAACACAUCUACAGGACAACCUUGGCAAGGGAAGCUCUUAUUUAGGGGGUUACAGCAGUCUGAGAUUCCGUCCAAUCAGACACUUGAGCUCGCCCGUGGAGGACCUGGAGAUGUGCAAAGUGGUGGGAGUGGCUGAUAAGGUCCUGAUUGUCCAAAGUAUGGUCAAUAAGGAGACAUUUGUUGUAAAGAGUCUGGUCAAGUCGAGCUGGGAGAGCAGGGACAAGCCAACCAUCAUUCCACAGGGGGUGCCAUACAUGGUUAAGCUGCUAAGAUAUUACGUCAGUGAGGAUGCUGUGUACCUGCAUCUUGAGCAUGUCAAAGGUGGGAGGCUCUUCUCCAAGCUACACAAGUUGAGGAAGGAGAAGGCCAAGGAACACCCAGAAUGCUUCACGUCUGGCCAGCACAGCAUCAAGCUGAAGACCAGCUACACCUCGCCCACAAUCAGCACAGACUACCAGCACAACAGCAGAGGGAGCACGGGAGUGAUACCAGAGAAAUUAAGCGAUGAGAGCCCAGAUACAGACUUCCCCACUUCAUGGGAUGAGACUCAACAGCGACUGGAGAGCUGCGGGACUCACUCCUACAUCGAGGAGACGGGUUGUCUGCAGAACACACGCUCUGCGGCAGCGUUUUAUACCAAACUCGAUCAGCUAACUCUGCAUUCGGGCCCGACGAGGACACAGGUCCACACCCGCAUCCACCCACCAGCUCCUAGUUUGUGUUUGCACUCCAGUGAAACUCAGGAACAUCCCGCUCUUCCUCUCUCAUGUGCUCGUGUCAGUCAAGCUCUCGAUGUCAUGUCAGAACUCCAUAAAAAGGAAGCUGGAAUGGGACUGACAGAGACUAGCUCCGAGUUUGAAGUUGCUUGGAAAGCUGCCGAUCUAGCACACAACAGUGAGAAAAAAAAACCCUAUGCAGUGACUGACAGUCAUUCACAUAGCACACUAGGACAAACUGCACCUCAUACAAAUCAGACCUCAUUUAUAAAAGCAGGAUCACUAAACAGUGAAAAUAAUGGUUUGAGUUCGUCCCCUGCCAUUUUGCAUCUUCCUCUCCAUUGCCAAACCCAGAUUCGUUGCAGGGCAUCAUGGGAUACCAAUGGCUGUCACCAAGGACCUGUUUUGAGUGGUAACUCUGCGGAUAUGGUUACAGACCCAAAGCAGGACGGCAGCAGUCCCACCACUGAGGAAAGAAAUGGUAUGGUAGUCAUCAGGAGCACAGACAGAGCAGUUAUAUCUGACCACACAGACUCAAGGAUCACCUCAGAAAGCUCCUGGCCUUCCUCUGCUUCCCUCUGCCACAGCAUUGCAGGACAACAGGGGACAUUUUCACAGAUGAAGUACAAAGGGAAACACAGUGAGCCAAGAGAGUGUGUAGAGGAGGCCUGUGAAUUAAGUCCUAGAGAGAAGGUGGCACCUGCAAAAGAGCGACCAUUUGUGGGCUGGUUCUCCUCCAGCCCUCCAGCCCAGGAGGGCAGGAGAAGAGAGGACAUGGAUGCUUUCUGUGAAUCAGAGGGGGGGGGGGAUGACCAGAUCAUAGAGGUGGAUGGCUGGUGCCACCUGCCUCGGUUCCCUGUCAAGUCCACUGGGACUACAGAUAAGGCAUUGCAGACCUGCUGGGGGCUUCCGGAAGCAGAGGUGCGUGUCUGGGGGGCUCAGAUCCUGCUGGCCCUGGAGAGUCUGCAUCAGCAAGGCAUCCUGUGUCGGGACCUUAACCCUAGAAACGUUCUGCUCACCAGCAACGGAAAGGUGCUGUUGACAUUUUUCGGCCAGUGGAGUGAGGUUCAGUCAGAGAUCUGCUCCAAAGCCAUGGAACAGAUGUACUGCGCUCCAGAAAUCGGUGGGGUGUCCAGGGUUACAGAGGCUUGUGAUUGGUGGAGUCUUGGGUCUUUGCUGUUUGAACUUCUAACCGGGAUGCCACUUUGGCAGCUCCACCCAGCAGGAAUCCACUCCCACACCCAGCUGUUCAUCCCCGACCACCUGAGCACUGCAGCUGCAUCUCUACUCACUGAGUUGCUUCAGUUUGAUGCUGGCUAUCGCUUGGGUUCUGGAGGUGGAGGUGUGAGUGACAUCAAGUGUCAUCCCUUCUUUACCGGUGUCUCCUGGAAAGCUUUGAGCUGCUAGCAGGUGCAGCUGCUGCCCCUCUAAUCCCUCUGUCCUGCAUUGGAAGUGAAGUUGAACACUCACCUGAAUCCAAGAAUCCUCCUGUGGCCAAAAUGGAUGCCGCACCAGAUUCUGGUUCCUUUGCAUUUUAUGCUCCCCAAAGAAAAUAACAUAAUAAACACUGAAAAUUGAACAAAACUGGCAAACCUUGUCCCUUCCAAAACAUGAAACAAAUGGAUUUAUUAUUUUACAAAUGUUUGGA